CUUUUACCAGCGCUGAUCGUCAGAUCGAAACAACUGAAAUGUCCUCUCUUAUCAGUACUGGUGUUAAAAAAAAUAAGAAGACUUUUACACCUAAUGCAGGAAGGCGCAAGGAUCGUAGUAAAGCUGCAACAAAUAAAUCAACGCAAAGAAAUGAACCCGAACCGUUACCGGCGGUACCAUCCUUGACACAAUCCACAGAUCUUUCGCAAUCCUUCGAAACACAAACUCAACUUCUCACACAAGAUGCACCAGUCAUCAGCUCUUCAUCUUCUGUUACAGAUCACAAAAAUAGCACGCAUGUGAGCAUAACAACCGCCCUUUCUCCUUCGUCACAGCUUGAAGCCUCUACGAGUAUUGCACCUUCAGUGAAGAUUAUUGCCGCGACGUCUUCAGUAGCGGACAAUAUGCCUGAUAAUACUGUAAAUAAUGUUAUCAAUUCUCCUAGAAACCCCGUUGAGAAAGCUAUCCAUAAAUCAGCCAUCUUUGUUGAAGAUGAUGAUAUUAAUCUGCAAGAUGAAACAGCUGAUAUGGUUAUUCCAAAAGUAGAAUCACCUAAACCUUCCAUUGAAGAAGUUGAGAGAGCAGUUCAAUCAUCCAGCACAAGUACUAACACAUCGACAACAGCAGCAACGUCUGUUAGAAUUAGAGAAUUAAAGAUUGAAAAUGGUGAUGAUUCAGACAACGAAGGAGCUUCUGUUAUCAAAGUGCACGAAUUAGCAGGCAUAAAAUCAGAGUUAAAACCGCAAGCAGUCAUAACUUCAAGUUUAGACACUAUCACAGAGGAGUCUUUAACAGAGGAAGAAUUGGCCAUCAACGGACGUAAUUCUUCAUCGAUGGUAUCGACACAUACCACUGAUAAUGAAAAAAUAAGGGGAAAAGAACAACCUUCACUUCCUAUAAAUAGAAAAGCGCAUAAGCGGAAAAAUAUUGAUGAAUCCGGUGAAGUAGAUGAGGACCACGAGCGUGAUAUAGAUAUUGACGGGGAUGAGGAUCAUAUUGAUGACGAUGAACAAUCAGGCGCUAGUACAUCAGCAUCUACGAAAGCUCCAAAUAGACACAGAAAGAAGCGAAAGCAUAUUGCAAAGAAACUAACAACAUCAAUUGAGACUCCAAGUCGCCCUAGAAAGCCAUCCAUCGCUGAAACAGUAGAUCCGCCUUCUCGCUUAAGACCUCGACAGGCGCCUGCUGUUGCUAUCGGUAUACCAACUGUUGCUAGUGUUUCUGAUGGACGCGUAGUUCAAGAAGUGCGAGGUCAAAAUGAUAGCGACGAAUCUCACAAUGGAGCAGACAACGACAGCGAGGAUAUUGAUAUUGAUGAGAUUGAUGAAUUGGAGAGUAUGAUGAAUAGUGAUCAUAUAGAUACCUUCCUUGAAAGAAGACGAAGGAGAGCAAAGUCGAUGAGAGGAAAGACAAAAGGGAAAGGCCGAGGCCGACCAAAGGAUCACUUCCGCCUUGUGGAGAAUAUGAAGACACUAGAAGAUCUCGCCAAUGAUGAAACCCCACAUAAAGCAUCACAUUUAGAAAAGCCUAUGUCGUAUUUCAUCAAGGAUAUUGAUGGAAUUGUAUCAAAAACCUACAAAGAAAUGGAAAUAGCUCGUCAAGCUGAAUUAAAAAAGCAGGAGGCUUUACUGAAAAUGUCACCAGAAGAGGCGGAGGAGUUGAGGAAAAAAGAGGAAGAGGAAAAGAGAGCAAAAGAAGAAAUGAAAGCUGCGGAAAAGUUAGCUGCAGAUGAAGAACGGCGUAGAAGAGAAGCAGAACGCCCAGUUUUAACUGAAUCUUCUAAUGCCGUUCAGGUGCGUAUUGUGAAUGGUGAAAUUGUUCUGGACACAGACACUCUAGUGGUAGAGAGACACCAAGGACGCCAUGAUGAAGGCUUUAACGGUGACGCUAUGGAAGUAGUGGAAGAAAAUGCUAUGACAAGAAAAGUCAAUAGCACAACACAUGGUAGAAGAGAGAAGUCAGCCAAAUGGGACGAAUUAGAAACUGAGGGAUUUUAUGAUCUGCUAUCGCAAUUUGGGACUGACUUCAAUACUAUCUCGAAGAUGAUGCCUGGCAGAACCCGAAAUCAAAUCAGAUCAAAAUUCAAUAAGGAAGAGAGAAUGAACCCAUGGAAAGUAACUGAAUAUUUAGUAAGGAAGAAAAAGCCAGUUAAUCUUGAUAAGUUUAGAGAAAUUGUUGGCGAAUUGGAUGCCGUGCCCGAGGAAUUUACCAACCUGGAAUUAGCAUGA